UAGCACGUGUCGAGAGUCAACAGGAAACUUUAACUGAUUAUAUCGCGUAAGGAAGCCUCAAAUUGCAAAAUGUACAAAACUUUUUGAUUUAUAAAUAUAUUAGAAAUGAUAUUAUAACUUAGAAAAUUAAUAUAAACCAUUCUUCAAGUAAUUGGAAGCACAAUUUCUAUAUAAUGGUCUUUAGCAACAAAUCCAUCUUGAAAUUUCACAUGAACUCAGGUCGUCGAUUUCUCAUGUAAAGAUACUUCUCUUACAAUGCAUAUCUUCUAGAUUUCUUUUUAAUAAAUAUGGCACGUACACCAAUUAGACGUCAUCUUAAUAUUGAGAUUGCACCCAAGGUUUCCGAACAUGUAUUUCCACACAAUUUACAAAUGUACUCUGUACUACCAUCUGGAGAGAUUAAAUUAGAAGAAUUACAGCAGUGGUGUGUUGAUAGACUAAACGUUUUGAAAUUAGUAGAGAAGAUAUCAAAUCAAAAUAAAAUAAAAGCAUCCAAAGAUUAUGUAGCUAUAUUGAUUGAACAAUUGGUAAAUAACGAGCUUCAUAAUUUUGAAAAACUUGUGUGUCUGCAUAACUUUAAGUCUGAGGGAGAGACAGAACAGUAUUUAAGAAGAAAUGAUUGCAUAUCACACUUAAUAUUAAGGUCUGCAUUCUCCUUUGAACAUGAAAAGAGAUUAUGGUUCUUCAGACAAGAGUUAAAAUUGUUCAGGUGGAGGUUGUCUUUGUUGGAUAAAGAUAACAUAAAAGCAUUUAUUUGCACUAAUGGAUUGCAAUACGAUGCUAUCUCGGAAGAAGAAAAAGAAAAUAUCAUUGAAGAUGUAAAAAUAUCUUAUGACACUGAACAUAUUGACAAUAUAAAUGUUUAUAAAGUACAUUUUACUAGAGUAAUAAAUGCAGUCAAGAAACGAAAAAUAUUUUUAAAGGAUGGCAUGGCUUAUGUACCAGAAACAAAAAUGCCUUGGCUCAUUAUUCCAGAAUUUAAAAAGAAAUUAAAUGAGGGAUUUGCAUAUUCACGAGAGGUUGUAGCAAAUGUUUAUGGUGAUGAAAGAUUAUCGAAAAUUUUUAGUGUACUUUCAAGUUGUAUUAGUAUUAGAAACUUUGAGAGUAAUAACCUCAGACAAGUAUCUAUUGGUGAACUAGAUGAGUUGUCAACAACAUCUUACCCAUUGUGCAUGAGAGUUCUUCAUGAAGCAUUGAAAGAAAAUCAUCACCUUACAAAUGGUGGUAGAGUUCAGUAUAUCCUAUUCCUUAAAGGAAUAGGACUGAGUUUGAAUGAUGCAUUAGAAUUUAUGAAAAAUGAAUUUACGAAAAAAAUCGACGAAAAUACUUUUCGAAAAAAGUAUAGGUACAAUGUACGGCAUCUAUAUGGACAAGAAGGAAAACGAGCGAAUUACGAACCUUUUCACUGUAUUAAAAUACAGAAUUCAUCUAUCGGGGUUCGAGAUAAGCAUGGCUGUCCAUUCAAGUGUAUGUCACCUGAUGUACUUAAGAAUACACUGCACAAAAGUGGAUUAAUUUCGUCAGAUAGAGAAUCAGUAAUACAACUCUCACGAGGAGGAUAUUAUCUUGAAGCAUUCGUAAUACAUUUGAAAGUGCUUAUUCAGAUAGCGAAGACUAAAUGUACCAACAGUUCUUAAAGAAGAAAAGAGCAAUAUAGUGAACUAUUAAUGAUCUACAAAUAUUUUUUUACUUUUAUAUGUUAAAUAAAUUUAUGUGUGUACUGUU